AUGACUGUGAGAAGAAAUAUGUUCAGUUCUGUUUCCAUCAUUGCUAUAACCAUUGUGUUGAUUGAGAUCAGUGUAGGAUUACUGGGAAAUGGAUUUAUUGUGGCCAUUAACUGGACUGACUGGAUCAAAAGCAGGAAGCUGUCCUCCUGUAACACAAUCUUGACAUCUUUGGGCAUCUCUAGACUUCUUUUGCAAGGGACAGCAAUAGUGUUUCGCUCCUAUUCUUUCUUCACUCUGGACACGCAUAAACUGGACAAUGUGCGUAUCACAUUGCGAGUCAUACGGAUGUUUGCCAACAUGACCAGUGCUUGGCUUGCCAGCUGUCUCAGUGUUUUCUACUGUGCAAAGAUCGCCACUUUCACUCACCCUCUCUUCCUUCGAGCGAAGCAGAGAAUCUCUGGGAUGGUUCCACAGCUUCUCCUGGGGUCGCUACUGCUUGCCUUAUUCACAUCCAUACCAACAGUCUGGGCUAAUCAUGAUGUUUACCUUUGUAACUCCAAGGGGAGCCUUCUGGGAAACACCACAUCAGCCAAGGUUAACUCAAACGUCAUAUAUCUUUACUUCAGCUUUCUUUACACCGUAAUGGCUUUCUUUCCUUUCCUCAUAUUCUUGGCAUCAUCCAUGCUACUGAUGGUCUCUUUGUGGAGACACAGCAGGUGCAUGCAGGAUUAUGCACCUGACCUUCAGGACUCCAGGACACGGGCUCAUGUAAGUGCGAUUAAAUCUCUGAUCUCUUUCCUCAUCCUUUAUACUUUCAGUUUUGUAGGAGAGACAUUGCAAACAAUGCCUACUUGUCUGACUGACAACACCUGGACACCUGCAGUUACUUCUGUGGUGGUUGCUGCAUACCCUUCAGGGCACUCCAUUGUUCUCAUUCUUCUUAAUCCCAGGCUGAAAACAGCAUUGGUGCAGAUUCUUCGCCACAUCAAGUGCCAGCUGAGACUUUCUUAA